AUGAAAAAAUCAAUAGCAUUUUGUGCAGCUUGGGCGUGUGGCUAUAUGAUCAACGCAUCUUAACCUUAUCUCAAGAUGUUACAAGCCUCGAAUUAAGAGGAAGAAUCCCAUAGUUUUCAGGAAUUUAUUCAAAAUGAAAACUACUCUUAACCAAAAAUAAUCGAUUUUCUUCACAGUUCUCCAGAGAGACACUUCCUUCACAACAUGAUUGUUCAAAAUGAGAAGGCUUUCAAUUUUUUUAAAGUGUACUUACCAAGAGACGUCGAUAUAAUUAGCUCAGAGAAUAACCAUCAUCUCCAUGUAGUAUUUAAUGCUGCAGAUGAAGUUAGAGGGAAUAACAACGAUGUAAAUAGUGGAUUGUUGGCAACUCUCAUUGAUAAUGCAUUCGGAUAGCUAAGCUUUUUGGCAACCGGAUUCAUACCUUCAGUGACUGCCAACCUCCAACUAAAUUUAAAUAACACCAUUCAUACAAAUAAAGACUAUUUAAUUAGUUGUGAAGUUGAGAAAGUACAAGGAAGGAAGGUAUUUUUGAAGGCAAUUGUUUAUGAUAAUGAUAAAAAUAUUUGUGGUGAGGCUACUGCAUUAUUUAUCACAGUGAAUUGGGGAGGAAAACAAUGGAAACAAGCCAUUGAAACUCUCCAAAAUACCAGAUUUUUUAAUGAAGGAAUCCAAAGACUUCUCUACUGA